UAAUUCCAUAACAAUCCUUCUUCUGUGUUCACCAUAUAUACCUACUUUUAAAUCUCCAACUCGAUCAACUAUAUAUAUUGCCAACUUUCGCACAUAAUUUUUUCUACAAUUGCAAUUAUUUAGUACUCAUUAAUAUAUAUUAACUAACUAGCUAGCACAAUGCCAUAUGUUCAUUCUAGCCCAUUUUAUCAAGCAGAAAAUCCAGCAUUUGCAUCCUUACUACAACAACACAAUACCUCCAAUAAUCCAGAAAAACGAUCAAAUAGUCGUCGUAGUCGUACAAGUGGGACCGGCAGUGCCGGUGGACUUUUUCGUAUGUUCAAGCUUCUUCCUAUGUUAACUUCCGGAUGCAAAAUGGUAACAUUAUUAGGCAAGCCAAGAAAACAACUCUUAACCGAUCACGCGACAACAGGAACUUUAUUUGGUCAUAGAAGAGGAAGAGUAAGCCUAGCCAUCCAAGAAGAUCCACACCGUCUUCCAAUCUUUGUAAUCGAGCUUCCAAUGAGCUCGGUUGCGUUCCAAAAGGAAAUGGCAUCUGAUAUUGUUAGACUAUCAUUAGAAAGUGAGACAAAAACAAAUAAAAAAAAAGUACUAGAGGAAUUUGUGUGGGGAGUUUAUUGUAAUGGAAGGAAAUAUGGUUAUUCCAUUAGGAGAAAACAAAUGACUGAUGACGAGUUUCAUGUGAUGCAAUCGUUGCGAGGCGUGUCAAUGGGUGCAGGAGUUCUUCCUGGAUUGUCGGAAAAGGAAACUGCGAUGGAUGGAGAAAUGACUUAUAUGAGAGGAAGGUUUGAAAGAGUUGUGGGAAGUAAGGAUUCAGAAGCUUUUCAUAUGAUUAAUCCUGAAGGUGCUCCAGAUGGUCAAGAACUAAGUAUUUUCUUUGUAAGAGUACAUUAA